AUGCCUAAGGCGUGACACAGACACCAAUCCUCCCCCGUCCUCCUCCGCCGUCGACUGCACCUCGCCGCCGGCCGCCGCCAGAGCCAUGGCGAAGAACAAAAUGAAAGAUCUCAUGAAGGAGGUCACGUCCUCCUCUGCCCCAUCCUUGAAGGACUCCUCCCCUUCCCCUUCCCCUUCCCCUUCCGCCUCCUCCAACCCUAACCCCAAUCCCAGACCGCCCCCCAAGCAGCAGCCCCCGCGCCCAGCAGGCCCCUCCGAUUUCACCCCGCUCGUUUCCUCCUGUCACCGCCAAGAUGCAAGUGGCGGCGCCUUCUCCUCCGAGCACGCGGUCAACGAGCACCUCGACGGCUGCCUUGCGGCGGCUGCCGCCGCCCGCGCGCGCGCGCGCGCGGCCGCGGCCGCGUACCUCGCAGGCAACCCGCCCGCGGCCGCCGUCGAAGAGGCGAAGAAGCUGCUCGGGAACCUGCUCAAGGAGCCCGGGAACGACAAGUACAGGAAGGUUAGGCUCGGGAACCCUAGGAUCAAGGAGGGCGGGCUGGAGCUCCUCGAGGCGGUGGGGUUCACGAUCAGUGGCGAGAGUAGGGGGCUCUUCGCGGUGAUGGACGAGACGCCCGACGACGUGAGGCUUGGCGGGAUCAGGCAGGCUGUGCUCCUGCUUGAGAGGUCCCAUCCUUCGGCACCGCCGGUGGAUGCAGCGUCCAAGGAGAGCUGCCACAACGGAGUCGAGGAGCAAGAGGAGGUUAAGAAGACUGUUGAUCGGCAGGACACAGACUUGGAAAUAGCAAUGAGCCAAAUCCAAGACACCAAUCUGCUGGAUAGCGAAACUGCCCCAUUAUUAUUGUUUCUUUGCCACUACAAUGAGCCUGAGGAGGAUGAACUAGAUGGCAGUGGAAGCCAAGAGAGCUAUGGUGCUGAAAAAAGUAAUUAUGAUGAGGAUGACGAUGACAUUGGCGAGCCAAACGAUGCAUAUUUUUACAGUAUAACCAAAAGAAAUUUGCAAAGCAGAAGAAUAGAUGAUUUGGAAGGCCACUUUUACUGGAUAACGCCACAAGGAUGGUUUCUCAUUUUACACCGUGACUCAGGUGCGACCUCUCUUUGGAAUCCAUUCACACGCCAGAAAAUUAAUCUGCCUGCGGACGAGGAGGAGUUCCUAAUAGAAAACACAACCAGAUGUUUACUAUCGCAUAAGCCCACUGAUCCCAACUGCAUUGUGCUAGUGGUAGAUUGCAGAGACACGGUGUUGUGGUAUUGCCGUCCUGAAGGCAAUCGUUGGUUUAAGCACACCUAUGAAUCAGGUUUGCUUUCCGAUAGACGUGGUGCUGUCAUUGGAGGAAUGCAGAUUCUGACAGCCAUUGGGGGCGAAUUCUUUACAUAUUUCAGUGGUCAUCUUGUGGUAUUGAAAUUCAUGCCGGUUCCUACUUUCACCAAAUUUGCAGUUGGUGAUAAAUCAGGUCUUAUGUACCCCUAUCCUAAUGUUGAUAGAUUCUUUGUAGAAUCUUGCGGGGAGUUGUUCAAGGUGGAUUUUUGCCAAGAUUUGGGAACCGAAGUUAGGACUAUUCAUGUUCAUAGGCUGGAUAUGGCAGAAAGGGUUUGGCUGGAAGUGAAUUCGCUUGGUGAUAGAGUGUUCUUCGUCAAUCCUACCUAUUUCGGGGCAUCACUAAGUGCACAAAAACCUGGUUUAAAGGGAAACUGCAUUUAUUACUCGAGGCUUGGUGACAAGGCAUUGUAUGUUUACAACAUGGAAAGGCGAACCGCUACUGUGUGGAAUCCCGGUCAAGACCUGCUAGAUGACGUCUCACCUGAGAUUAUGAUGCCUCCGACUUGAAUAUAUACGAUGUGCUGCUGCAGCUCAAAGGAGUCCGGUGAGCCCUGUUGGGAGCCGCAGCGGUCCAGAGAUGUCUGUGGGGGCAAAAGGUCACUAUCUCGUGCAAGUGAAAGCUCAAGAGCAGUAAAGGUUGCGAGAACUAUCGAUACAAAAAUUGUCUCAUGACCCAAUUGAAGGGCAAAUCCAAAACAAUAGGAAGAAAACUGUAGUUAAUAAUCCUUGCGUCUUCUCCAACAAAUUUUCCACAAGGAAGAGACCUGCUUGCCACUUUGGAACUCCAUGAUUUAUUUCUAUACAAAUGAAACUCUGUUCUUUCCAGUUGUUCAUUGUCUAUCUGUGCGAGAGGAUUAUUGACAUUUCUCUUUCUGUGUGUAUUAUUUGAGUGAUUGAUAAUUUCUGGAGAAUAGAGCUUGGUUUUGUCUGCCUUGACAGUGAUUAUGAUUUAUGAGAGUUUAAACUGAAGCAUUA